GACCGUUGUCAUGGCUUGUCUCGAUUUGAAACUAGUACAGUUUUAAGUUUAAGACUACAGUACCAUUUUUAAUCAUUUUAAUUUAUCAAAAAUAAUUUUAAAAUAAAUUAUACUUAUACAAACUUAACAAACUAAUAAAUUUUAAUAAACCCACGCCCACUGUCAAUGUCGACUAAAGACUAAAGUAAUUUAUCAAUGAUUCAAGGGUGUUCCUAGCACUGAGACUGACAAUAAUUAAAUAACUAUCUCCAGUUUCCUUGGCCAAGGCCUUUAAAGUUAGAGAAUGAGCUGGUAAGCAGUGUAAAGUUUUUUUUAAUAAUUUGUAAAUUAGGCCUAAUUUAAAUUUACAAAACUUAUGUUCUAUCUUAUAUUCUGUGAACUAUGUGAUUUAGACUUAAGAUUGGUUUGAUGGGAUAAUACAAUACAACGUAUCACCAUAUUAAGUGACAUUUCAUUACUACAAGUGAAAGUGUCAUCCGCACAGCUCUUCGAAUAAUGCAGAGCGUUAUCGGCAGACCGAAAUCUUCGAAUAAUGCAGGGCGUUAUUGGCACAUGGAAAUUUUUGAAUAAUGCAGAGCGUUAACGUCAGAUGGAAGUUUUUGCAUAAUUACGCAAAUUUCUAGAAAUAAUUAGGAUCAUGUUCGGGGGGUGGGGGUAGUGUUAAGUGGUGUAGGAUAGAUCGAUCUUUAAUGAGCAUGGCACAAACACAUUUUUCAAAACCAAAUGAAGUUUCCCUUGCCUCCAAAGGGAGUGGGGAGUAGUCAGUAGCAUUUUUCAAUACUUUAUUUUGACUUACAUUUAUGUUUACCCAGUUUAGAGAGGUCUUAAAAUUUAAAAUGAUGUCAAAGCUUGAUUAGGGUAUCAUUUAGUUUUUUAAAGCACUAUGAUAUUUCACCUAGUCCAGAGUUGCAGGGACAUGCCGUGCGACAGUGUUAUGGUGAAGAGAGGUGGCUGCAUAAGGCGGCCAUGUGAGAGAUGGGGAUUUUUUAUUUAAACGGCAGCGCGUUCGGCUAGCCAAAGGAGGGUCCCAGAGUCUAAUCCUGGUGAAGACUAGGAUUUUCCCUGCUUCUUGAGGGUGUCCCUGAGUCUACCCUGCUCUGGUGGGUACCUGGCAUUAGUUGAGGAAAAGUAAAGGUGGCUGGCCAUUGUGCUGGCCACACACUCAGUAUGCCAUAGCCACAGAAAUUUCUAAAUGCUGCUUACUUCAAUUGCCCCAUGGGUAGGCCAACGUGAUCUGAAAGGAAACUUUACUUUCCCAAGACUUGCAUCAUACGAAUAUACUGUGGGGUUCCAAAUAAUUUGUUUAUGCCUUUUUAUAUUUAGAUCCAUAGUUAAAAUAGUAACAGUAUGGCUUUUUGUUUCAAUUCAUCGACUUUUUUAACGACAUCUAAAAUUUUUUAUGUCAAAGAUAUGUGUUCAGUAUGUUCAUUUCAUAGUCUAUACAAGCAUUAUUUAAACUAUUUCUGGUACUUUUGUGAACAAAAUAUUUCCAGUAAGAAUGUGAAGCUAAGCACAUAAACUUUCAACUAGCUGACCACUCCAUGCGCAGAACUUUUUAUAUCGUUAUUGUUUAUUGCCGAUUUCCGGUCACUUAGACAGAAAUUACGCGACCAGCCGCAAAUAAUGCCAAGCAUUAUCGGCAGACUGAAAUCUUCAAAUAACGGCGAGCAUUAUGCGCAGAGCUGUGCGAAUAAUCACUUUGUUCCUAUAAAUAAACUAUAAUCACAUUAUGUCAUUACUACGGGUACUAGUCUAGCUUAAUUUAAUUGAUGCUUUUGGAUAGCUGGGUGAGUGAAUAAUAAUUUUGUAUACAACUAAUUCUUAUUUCACUCUUUACUCUCCUAGGCAUACAUAAUUUGAUAAUUAUUAAAUAUAUUUAUGAAAUUAUUUAGUAUUAGCCUUAUAGUAGGGCUGAGCCAGGUGCAUUUUUUUUUUUUAACACCCAAUCCUUGUCAGGGUUUUUGAGAAAAUACCUGGCAAAUCCAGGUCUGGAUGUUACAAUUAAACAGCCCCGAAAAACAAAGUGUUUCAUGUAAAUCCUUAAAAAAUGUAAUAUUAAUAGCACGCAAUGGGGAGUUAGGCUGACAAUUUUACAAAGUCAGUGUUUACCUUGUCCGGCGAACGACAAAUAGUGCUGGAGAUAUUCAUCAAGCGAGCAUGUCAUGCUUUAUUUAACAUUAUCACUUUUAAUCAUUUGUUCAUUAUUUAUACCAGCAAUGGUUCUAGUAUUUCUUUAGUAUAAUUGAACAUAUUUCUUUUUCAUGUACUUGUCCAGACUAUCUUGAAUUUAUUGAAAUGAAAUAACAUUGAUUGACUAUUAGUGGUCACAUGACAAGGCUGACGGACAAAUAUCUUGCGCAACUUUGUUACGGCGGUUAUGUGACUUGGUCGAAAAAAAUAAUAGCCGGACGAAUACAUGUAGACACUUCGUUUUUAAAAACAUGCAUACAAGUAAAGUGCUUUAUAAGAAUCCCAAUAAAUGGUCCCCCAAAGGCUCACAACUGCACAUAUUUUGUACACCCCUUAUCUAUAUUAAUAUUAUAAUGACUGCUUUUACACCGCAGAUUUAUUUUACCCACUAUUUCGGAAAAAAACAAAAGAAAAUAUUACGCAUCAAAUGCACGUGCAAUAUUUCUUUUUUAAAGAAUCUCUUUUAAUGCAGAUAUCAGGAAUUUUAUUUCAUGAAAUUAGUGGCAUCAUCUUUCCUUCAUCUUCCCCUUAAAAAACAGUAAAAAUUAUUUUUGGGGUUGAGGGGUGGAGCUGAAAAUUUUAAAGAAUGUGUUGACAUCACCAACGAGUCUAUGUGCCAAGUUUUAGCUCGAUGGUACAAUUUAUAUCAUUAUGACGAUACGAUCAUAGCCUUCCUUCAACAUUAAAUUACACUUCUACUGUUGAAUUCUAUGAAACAACUUAGAGAUCCUCCACACACACACUUAAACUUUGGCUACUCCAUAUUAGCAGUCAGUAAGCUUGUGAAUUAAAUAUUAAUUGUAAAAAGUUCCAUGAUCAUAACUAAAGAUAUGCAUCUUGCUAAGACAAAAAAAUUACACAAAAAUUGCAGUGAGUACAAUAUUAUGUUUUUAGCCUUACCGUUUCAUUUAAUUCAGUUUUCUAUUAUUAUUUUAUUAAUUUACAUAAAUAAACACAAAAUUAUGUAAAAAAAAAAAAAAAAAAAAAAAAAUAUUUUUUUUUAAAUUUUUUUUUUUUUUUUCCCCCCCAUUUGGUGGAACAUAUAAAUUAUAAAAAAUAAGAGGAUGGCUCUUUUUUUUUUUUUAAACACCCAGACAUGGUUCUGUGUUUUUUGAGGGUCUGGGUAUGUACGCAGAUUUUCUGGGUUUACAGAUCAGUACCCAGCUCAGCCCUCCCUUAGGCUACUAAGUUUAGAUUAGACUAAUCUACACUAAUUUUUCAAUUAGUAUGCUGCGAAAUGGAAUAAUGCUAUAAAACAUGAUAAUAAUCAAUAGGCUUAAUACAAUAAAUUGAACUGAGCAUUUUGCCAUGAGAUAUAAUUUAAAGAUGAGGGUGUAAGUCUCACUCUGCAGCCCAAGUACAAUUUAAGAUUAAUAUCGAUUAGUAAUUGAAAAGUGAAGAAAAUAUUUAUUUAUUGUGCAUUGCUCUGUAUCUUUUCCAAGGAACCCAUUCAGUCGGUCAUCUUCAUCAUUAAAAAAACAGGUUAUAUCAAAACCAGUGAGUAUUUGAUUAAUUAAAUUGUAGAACUUUCGUAAUGAGAAUACAGAAGUAAUUUGAACAUCAAAGUUCACACUCACACACUAUUAGCAUGUUGAUUUACCUCAGUAUGCUUAAUGUUUCAUAGUUUGCACCACCUCGCUAUAGACAGUGUUCAUAUUUCUCAUAGAUUUUCAAACAUUUCACUUACCAAUGGUUGAAGCAAGAUUCUUGCAAAAGGAGAUUAUUUUUUCCACGUAAUGCAGGCACAGCUCUUCACAGUUGAACACACUCUCCUUUAGCAUUUCCCACAAGUAGGCAUCAGGUGGCUCACGAUCAGAGUAAGACGGGUAUGGGAAGUCAGUAUGACGUAAAAUAAUUAUUCAAUGAAAUUUUGUCUGCACCUUGAUAAUAGCCAUAUGGCAUCCUGAAGCAUUGCUUUCCUCAUCCUCAAUGAAAUAGGGGCCUAAAAUACCAGUGCUGAAACAGCACGUCAUAUCAUCACAUAUGUAUCACUAUCACUUAGUAGCAGUUUCUUGACAAUUAAUAACUGGCUGCUCAAAACCAAGGAAGCCAUUUGUCUGGCGAUUUGUGUAGCCAUCCAAGUAAAUGUGAUUUUUACAGAGAACCAUACAUUCCUAAAAAAUAUGGAUCCUCAUAUACCAUGUGCACAAAUGGUGGUACACAAUACAUAAUCCUGACUCACAUUUCUGGCUCUGUUGAGCAUUGUCCAACCAGUAUCAGGUAUGGAAAUGCGCUAUGUCCAUGGACAAAUGGUGAAUGGACGUAUCACUGGUGUUCAUUUUCAAAGAUGCUUGUCAUAGACUUGUGGGGCUAUGUAAAAUCUGCUGCAGAACUCCUCCAUGAUUCUCAUUUGUAGAAACAAUUUCUUGCCCACUAGUCUUACCCUUCCGUUGAGACAGUAAACUCCUAAAAAACAGCAAAUUUCUAUCAAUAGAUAGCACAACUCUGUUACUUUGUGCAAUCUUAUUAAAUCUCUCUCUUGGUAUUGUUUUGUCACCUUUUUAAAACUUGGGCCUCCUUCAAAAUAAGUUCCAUUUGAGCGAAAAUGUGCUCAACUAUGAAAAUAUUUACCUCCUUAGAGUAAUCUAUUCCCAACACAACUUCCUUGACACCUCAGGAAACAGUGGCAUAUGGAGCUAUUCUCCUUUGAAAAAAGCACAUACAUAUUCAAGGUGCAGCAGUUUCAGCACUGUUAAUUUUGGUGCAUACAGUAUCAUUGUAAAAUACAAUAAAUGGUGUCCAUGAUAGUAUAGAAAGCUGAGUCUGGUUGAUAUAUAUAGUCCUAAUGACAAAGACAUUUUGGUUGUAAAAUCUAAGGGUAUGAGUUGUAGUAUGUUCAGCAUUCCUUCUGAAUGCAAAGAAUAUAUAAAGGAAUUAAUUUGACUAACUACACUUUAAAAUAUAUUAACUUAAUAAUCAUAUAAGCUCCUUGUUCUGUGUUGUUUUCAACCCGUUUUUUUGUUUUGUUAGGAAUUAGUUUGGCUUCAAAACACACAAAAACUAUUUAACUUUUAUUUUAUUGUAGUCUCAACGCGAAUUUGAUGAAGCAGUUGAAAGACUAGAUAAGUAAGUACAAUCAACAAUGCUUAUAUUUGUAGAAAUUGUGUUAAAUUUAUCCAUCAGUCUCUAAAAUAAUUUUAGAUUUUUUGUGUUUCUCAUUAUUAUUAGGUUUAUAUUUGACAUUUUAAAGACUAAUUUUAAAAUAUAUUUUGCAAAUUAUUUAUAUGUGUAUAUAUAUAUAUAUAUAUAUAUAUAUAUAUAUAUAUAUAAUAUAUUUAUAUAUAUUUAUAUAUAUAUAUAUAUAAUUUGCAAAAGAUAUUUAUUUAAUAUAUAAAUAAUUGUAUUGUUUCAUUUUAAUUAUAUAGAUUAGAAGAGUUAACCAGGCGACUUUGUAAAGAUGUAAAAAAAUUAACAGAGGCUAAUAAUGGUAAAUAUAAUACUGAUGGCUGGUUCUCAUAUUAAGUAUUCAUUCAUUCAGUUAUAGUUUUGAUCGUCAAGCUUUUUGUUUCGUUAGGCAUACAAUAGUACUGUACAAUAACUGAAGAUAAGAUGAACUAUAUGUUAUAUUUAAAUUAAGAUAAUAUUUUACAUUUUAUGGUAUAUUAAACGCAAUGAAAAUUGCUUAGGUCAAGGCAUUAGAGAUAUUUUAAAACUUUUAUUAAUAUUGUUAACGAGUAAUAUGUUUUGAAAAGUUAAAUUGAAAUAAAUGUUGUUUGCACUUUUCUGUGGUACAAAGCCUUAGCAAAGUCAGAACAUAAGCUUUCUCAAGAUCUACUGCAAACCCAACUAUGUACGUCAGAAGAAAGCUUCAAAAAUUUAAUUAAAAAAUGGGAUGAUGAAAUGGAAAGAAUGGAAAAGAAUAUGACGGAUCGGGUAAGCUUUAACAGUUUUAACUUUAUAUGUCCUUUUUGUGGUUUUUGUUAUGUUUUGUUUUUGCAGGAAAUUUGUAUGAAGACUUUUACUUCUAGCUUUGCUCACUGUUACUCAUCCUGCUUUUAAUAUGAGAAAUUAAUCUCCUAUUUUAAUUUUAAUUGGUUCGUUGUAAACAGUGUCUAACAAAGGACGAUACCAUAGAGUCAACAAUAUUAAAGAUACGACUCUCAAAACAGUUUCUAGUUACAAUUAAUAAGAUUUAAUGAGUAUUAAUGUAAUUACAAAAGAAAAGAAAAUAUAAUGACAUUCUUUAACUUACAGUAUGGUAGAUCUUGUACCGGUACACAGUUAACACAGUUCGUAUAAUGUGCCGAUGAAUAAUGAUGAAAUGCGAAAUAAACACAUAUAUAAGAAUACAAAGAACAACACACGUCUCGUGAAGUUAAUAAAACCUAUCGUAAUCUCCGUCUGGAUCUCCUCCUCUCCAUAUCUGUCAAUCCCUUAUAUAGGUGGGUCUACUGACGCGUAAGCCCUGCCUUCCAGAAGCUACUCAGCAUUUGUUUACAUUUCUAGAACAAUCGAUAACAUUCUACAAAACACUAUGAGGCAGUCUUACAAGGGUUAAUUGGAAAGGCGGUAGUCAACAAGAUACAUCAAACGAAUAGGCCACGCCCACAACAACCGCUAACGUCUGCUAGGGAUCUAAUUUGGGUCAAGCAAAAUUCAAGCACGGGGGAAUCGUGUAAUAACGUUAUAGAUAACACCUUCCCUCUUAAAAGAAAAAAAUUUCAUUUUUCAAAAAUGGAAUUCUUUUUCCAUUAAAAUUUUUAAAAAGUACAUUUCUUCCUUUUAAAACAUUAGACCAAAAAGCUUCUUAACAGCUUAUAAACAAUAACAUAAGUUUUAUGUACAGUGAAAAUUAAUUUCUGGACAAAGUAUCUGCAAUGACAUGAUCUUUGCCUUUAAUAUGUUUGAUGUCCAAAUUAUAUUCUUGUAAAAAUAGACUCCAUCUUAACAAUCUUUGAUUUUUGGAGACCAUCUUAUUCGAAAAUGUUAAGGGAUUGUGAUCAGUAAAACAAGUACUGAAUGUAAAGAACAACUGACAUAAAAAUCAAAUUGUUGGAGAGCAAGAAUUAAACCUAAACAUUCUUUUUCUACAGUGGAAUAGUUUUUCUGAUGUGAGUUAAAUUUCUUUGAGAAAUAACAGACAGGAUGAUCUACACUGUGGUCAUCUUCUUGAAAAAGAACUGCACCAAUGCCAACAUCACUGGCAUCUACAGCUAAUUUAAACUGUUUGUUAAAGUCUGGUGCAAUUAGAACAGGAGCAUUAGCAAGUAUAUUUUUAAUGUUUUCGAAUGCUUCCUGACAAGCAAUGAAAUUUUGCAUUUUUCUUUAACAUAUUACUUAAAGGAGAAGCAAUAACUGAGAAAUUUUUGCAAAAUUUUAUAGUAACCUGCCAUUCCCAAAAAUCUCAUUAACUGUUUUCUAGUAAUGUGUGGUGGAAGUGAUACAAUAGCAUUUAUUUUAGCUUGAACAGGCUUUACAUGACCUUGACCCACUAUGUGACCUAAAUAUUCCAGUUGCAUGACAAAAUUCACAUUUAUUCAAAUUUACAGUUACAUUUGUCUGCAAAAAGUUUUUAAAUAGAUAUCUUAACUGUUUUACAUGAUUUGAAAAAUCUUGACUGUAAAUAAUUACAUCAUCAAUAUAGGCGCUGCAAUUUUCCUGGUCAGCAAUAAUGUUAUUGACUAGACGUUGGAAUGUAGCUGGGGCAUUUUUCAUUCCAAACGGCAUUACUUUAUAAUUGUAUAACCCAUCUGGAGUACAAAAAGCAGAGAUUUCUUUUGCUCUGUCAGAUAGAGGAACCUGCCAAUAACCUGAUAGUUGGUCUAUCUUGGUUACAUAUUUGGCAUCACCUAUUCGAUCUAUAAGAUCGUCUAUCCUUGGAAUCGGAAAGAAAUCAGAAUUUGUCACUGCAUUCACUUACCUGAAGUCGGUGCAAAACCUGUAACUUUUGUCAGGCUUUGGGGCUAAAAUACAUGGAGAACUCCAGUUACUAGAGCUUGGUUCAUUGAUAUCAUUUUCAAGCAUGUAUUUUAUUUCAGACCGGAUUAUUUCAAGUUUUUCCAGAUUGACCCUAUAGGGGUGUUGCUUGACCGGAACUGCAUUGCCAAUGUCAACAUCAUGUACAGCAAUGUUGGUUUUAUUAGGCACGUCAGGGAAAAGUAAAACAAAAUCCGCAAUAACAUACUUAACAACAUUUUUUCUGACAAUGACAAAUGUCCUAGUUUCUUAUCUAAGUUGGCCAGCAUUUCUGAAUUUUUAAGUUUGUAAUUACUAACUUUUUCUGGGACACUAUCAAAGGUUUCAGUAACAUUUUCUUUAGGUAAUGAAGUUACAGUUGAGAUUGUGUUAACAUUAGGUUCUGAGGAUAAACAAUGAUCAUCACAUUUUCUAUCAACAUAUUCUUUUAACAAAUUAAUGUGACAUAACUGUUUCUUUCUUUUAAGAUCUGGUGUUAACACAAUAUAAUUUAAAUCAUUAAGUUUGGACUCUACUACAUCAGGACCAAAAUAUCUGGCUUGUAGUGCCUGCCUUAGUAUCGGCAAAAGUACAAGCACUUUGCCCCCUGAAGCAAACUGUCUGAAUUUUGACUUUUUGUCGUACCAGACUUUCAUUUUAGAUUGUGCAUCUUUUAAAUGUGACUUAGCCAAAUUAACGGCAUUAAAAAGUUUAGAUUUAAAUUUUAGGACAUAGUCAAGAAGUUUUUCCAUGGGUGUCGAUGACACCACGUGUCUUUUAAAAGUUUAAGGGGACCGCGAACCGUGUGGCCAAACACCAGUUCGAAGGGGCUGAAUCCAAGUGAUUCUUGAACUGCUUCUCUUGCAGCGAACAGUAGCAUGUUGAUUCCUUCAUCCCAGUCUUUCUCUUGUUCUAGGCAGUACGUUCUCAUCAUGUUCUUCAACGUCUGAUGGAAUCGCUCAAGUGCUCCCUGUGACUCAGGAUGAUAUGCACUCAACAAGCGGUGUUCUAUGCCCAACUGGUUCAUCACUUGUUUGAAUAUUCCAGCCUUGAAGUUGGUUCCUUGGUCAGACUGUACAGACUUCGAAAGACCAAACAAUGUAAAAAACUUCAUCAAGGCUUUGACGAUGUUCGGAGUCUUGAUAUUGCGAAGAGCAAUAGCUUCUGGGAACCUUGUUGACGCACACAUGAUUGUCAGCAAGUAUUGGUGACCUGAUUUUGUCUUUGGCAGAGGUCCAACGCAGUCUAUAAUCAUGCGACUGAAAGGUUCUUUGAAUGCUGGUAUGGGUUGAAGAGGAGCUGCUGGUAUCUUCUGAUUUGAGUUCCCUACCACUUGAUAAGUAUGACAUGAUCUGCAGUAGUCAACCACAUCUUUCUUGAUUUUGGGCCAAAAGAAGUGUGAUGUGAUUUUGUGAUAUGUUUUGUUUACUCCCAAAUGGCCUGAAAGUGGUGAAUCAUGGGCUAAGUUCAGGACUUCGUUCCGGAAUGGUGUAGGAACUACUAUUUGAUGAACUAUCCUGCAUUCUUUGUCAGCAUUUGCGCCUGGAGGUUGCCAUUUUCUCAUAAGUAUGUCAUCUUGAAUGUAGUAGCAUACAGGGAAUUGUUCAGUUUCUUCUUGGGUCAAAGCGUUCUCUCGAAGUUUGACUAUUUCUGGAUCACUCUUCUGCUCUUCAAUAAGUUGCAUUCGAGUUGGAGUCUUGUGAUUACUUGCCUCUUCGUUUAGAUUGGCAAAAAUUGUUUUUCCCGGGUCAAUUUCAGGAUGGAUUUUAUUCCAUUUUUGUGACAUCUCUUCUUUGGAGAUCUUGGAAGACAUGGCCCUUGUCACAGCACAUGCUGGAUACAAUUCUUGAUCUUCUUCCUGAAUUUCAGUGAAAUAAGGUUCAUGAGUAACGAUGGGCUUGGCUAUUACCUUCCCACCAGCUAAGUCAUUGCCUAGCAGCAAAGAAAUGCCAUCCAAUGGUAAUGUUGGUCGGACACCCACAACCACUGGUCAGGAGACUAAGUCUGAUUUCAGAUUGAUGCUAUGUAAAGGUACAUCAAUGCAUCCCAGCUCUACACCUCGUAACAGGAUGUUGCUCCCAGUAGCAGUAGAUUCAAAGGGAAGGGGAAGUAUAACCUCAAGUAGCAAGGACUGUGAAGCACCUGUAUCUCGUAAGAUUUUGAUUGGUCGUAGACUGAAAAAAUCACCUGGAUAUGAUACGAAUCCUUCUGAUAUGAAAGGCAUGAAGUCUUGUAUGACAUCAGUAGUUUCUGAUGUAGAAUUUUGGACCUUGGUAGGUAAACUCUUGUUGGAGUCUUUAGAACAUUUGGCUAGGGUAGAGGAAGUAAAACUCUGUGUAGUCAUCAAAACUUGCACACAAAUCCUCGAUGAGAUGCCCUCUGGAGGUAGACCUCUUCUUGGAGCAAAAGGAUCUUGGCGACAAGCUCAUAAAACUCGCAGUCGAAGCAGGACCUUGGCUGGAGUCAGUAAAACUAGCCUUAUUGUUCAUAUUGAAACUCUUUGAUGAGUCAUGACAAACCUUUUUGAAGUUUGUAUGGACAUCUGGAGAGCAAAAACUCUUGACUUCUGAAAUUGUGUUUCCUAAUGUAUGACGAGACGUGCAAGCUGAGACUUUGUGUGGUGUACCAGGAUGUGUGGUCUUCUCAGUUUUCUUCUUGAGUUUCCAGCACUCAUCCCUCUUAUGUCCUUCUUUUUUACAGUAGACAUGUGUCUUUUUUGCUUGUUUCUUUUGUACCAGGCUUGUAUGAUUUUUGUGGAGGUUUACUGCAAGUUGAUGCUGUUGUCUUAGAGUGCCUGUCAUUUUUGGUGUCAAAUGGGUUCUUUGAGAGUUGAUGUGAGAUGGUGAAGUCAUCAGCUAACACUGCUGCCGUAUGUGCGUCACCUUCGCCACGGUCUGCAAUAUGUAUUCGCACCUCAGUGUUAUUUCUCUUUAUUUAUGUUGGUUUUAUAUUUUCCAGGCAUUUUUAAGAGUCAUAAAAAAACAUAUUUUUGUUUCAGAAUGUUUUGCUGGCUCGGAGUGUUUUGGAACCUUUGAAAAAGUAGUGUAUUUACAGUGUUUUAAUUUUUUUACUUUCAUUUUAGUUUAUUUUCAUCAUAAAUUAAGUCAAAUAAAAUUAUUUAUUUUUUUACAAAAAUUUGAAUUUUAAAUUUAAAAAAUUUUUUUUGGUCCUCAUAGUAUAUAUAAAUACUAUUCGUUAAAUCACAAAAAUCAACACAUUUCAGAUAUGUUGGUAUUUUUCCUUAUGCUCAAGUUGCAGUGAAAAGACGAGAGCAAAGUUUACAGGUGAAUGUAUAUUAUUAUAUUUAUUGAUUUUGAGGGCUAUUAGUGUUCAAUUAGGAGAUGCAUAAAUGUUUGUUUUUUUAAAAGGCAAACCAACCAAUGGUUGAUAAGAAACUAUUUCCAUCCUAAAAUAUUAUGGAAUUAGUUUUGGGAUAACUUUUAAAAUCUUAUUUACUGGUAUGUUAGUUUGAAAGAGAGUUUGAUAUUAAAUCACUUGAAUUUUAUUAUUUGACAUUAAGGAGUUUCAAAAGUGCCAAGACAGAGUCAGCAAGUACAAGGAGAGAGAUAGAACAGGUCAAAAUGUUGUCAAACUUGAUGUGGUAAGUUUGAUGUAAACAUACAGCAAAAGUUCCCCUUUAUUAUAGUCUCAUGCAGCAGUAAAUUAAGAGAAAGAGUCCCUUAUGACCGUUUUACAACUUAAAUGAUAGUUUUAGAGUUAGGGCUAAAAAAUUUAGCUCUCACAUUACUUGGUUAUAAAUCUUUGUAGAGCACAAAAGCAUUUCAUGCUGCCCAAGUUGAUUUCAAUAAUCAGAAUACAACUUUGAUGGAAGACAUCCCUAAAAUGAUAGAUGAUCGCACUGAUUACCUCCAACCAUCUCUUGAAGCUGAAAUUAAAUCACAGGUAAGUAUUUUAUGGUUGCUUUAAUUCCAAGAAUGGUUAACUGACCCGUAGUUAGAUAAUGUCAUAUGCCUCUAUUUUAAAACAGAAUUUCUUAAUUAAAACAUACUUAUUUUUAAAUACAUAAACGUUCUCGUAUUUUUAAAAAGAUACUUUACUUCUAUGCACUUUGUCAUAAGUGUGCUCAAGCAUUCAAUAAAUGUUUUUUCUACUGAUCAUGCAGGUGCAAUACACCACAGAAGCUGUAAAAGUGUAUGGUGACCUGUCCAAUUUAAUGAAUGGCCAUAGAGAACAUUCCAAGCAUGAUUAUGCUUCACAGAUUCAACAAGCACUGACAGAACUCAGAGCAUUGUCUAUUACAGCAGAUUAAAAUCUUAUCAUACAUCUGGAUACUGCUUCUAAUCAGAAUAUGAUAUAAUGAAUUAAUUAUUAGAAUUAGAACAUCAAAUUGAUGGUGAUAUGGACGUUGCCUUAACCUAAAUGUUUAUAUUAUAUAUCCUUGAAAUUUCUGGGAGUUUUUUUAAAUUCUUUGUUGCUAAGUAUUUUUCAUGCUAAAUAUGUAUUUACAUUUAAUUUUGCACAUGUUUGUAAUUUGUAUAUUGUCAGCACUUUUAAAUUAUUUCAUUAUCAUUUACUGAUUUAGCACUUUAAAAAUGGAUAUUAUGAAACACAUUUUAUAUAUUUAUUUCAUUUAGACAGUAAAUGCAUAUAAUAUUAUCAUUUAUCUAUUCCCUUUAUUUAUUUUAUUUGUGGCUGAAAUAAUGAUUAUUUUACAACUAUCUUUGUCUGAUUUGCACACAAACCUUAUAUUGGCCUUCCAUAAAAAUGAGUAUUUCAAUUUCGUGUGCCAAGAUUUAUGAAAUACCUUUACUUCUUUGAUGAUGAUAUCUUCCUAUACAUUGUGAGUUUACACAUAAACGAGCAAAUACUCAACUAUCAGCUAAGUUCAGCUCGCUACUGUAGAAAUUAAUAGGACUUUAAUUACUUGUUUAAUGAAAAUCAUUGGAAUUGAAAUUAAAUGAUUUUAUUAAAUAAGAAUUUUAAUAUUUUAUUAGCUCCUUGAAUAGUAUCAGAAUAUCAUCUGUAAUUGUACUUGUAAACUUUUCUACUUAGAAGUCAUCCAUGUAAUACAUAUGCACUGAGUGGGGUUGUCAAUUUUGCAUGUGUGUGGUGGGUGGGGGGCUGUCUCGGCAGAAAGUGCAUACUCUAUGGGGCUGAAACUUGGAGAACAGUGAGCAUUACGCAGCAAGUACAGAACUUUAUAAACACUUGCCUUAGAAAGAUCCUGAACAUCAAAUGGUCAAACGACAUCACCACCAAAGACUUACCACUGGUAAUACCAGGAGCCUAAUGCUAUUGCUGAAGACAUAAGGAAAAGAUGGAGGAGGAUAGGGCACACUCCUCGUAAACCCCCAGAUGACAUCACCAGACAAUUCCCAGAAUGGAAUCCACAGGGAAACAGAAGAAGGCCUAAGAAUGCACUGAGACGCAUGCUAGAAGCAGAUGCACAAAGUGUGGAAUACAUCUGGAAAGGAAAGCACAGAACAGAGAUAAAUGGAAAAUUCUUGUAGAGGGCCUAUGACCCAGACAUGGUAAAAAGCAUACAUAAAUAAGUACGUUGACUAAGAAUAUGUACAGGUAUAUAAUUUUGUUUAAAAUUUUUUAAGUUUGUAUAUUAUUAGUUAUGUUAGUGUUAGAUUGAGCUAUUUGUGUUAAGGAUUGGAUUGUUCAUUGAUAAUAAUCUCUUUAAAUUUUAAAUAAAUAUUUUACCGGUAUUUAUUUGACUGCCACCAGUACAACAAUAAUGGUCAAUGUUAUGUAAAAGUUCAAAAUCGUUUAUUUUAUAUUAAUUCUACUCAAUUGUACUUUAUUUUUGUUCAUCUCUCGAGCUUUUAAUUUUAAUUCAUCAUUUUAUUAUGAUUAAUUCAGUACCGUAACAUGCACUUUGAUUAUAUUGUUUGUAUGUAUUGUAUUGAUCCAUCCCUGUACAAGUACAAGCCCAUGUAGAGCUUUGUCCUGCCUCACCACAUCCUUCCUUCCACUCAGAACUGAUGCUUUUCUCCUCCAUGCUUGGAUUCCCAGCUGCUGUAGUUUCCUCUCCACAUUAUCCACCCAUCAAGUUCAAGCUUAGGUUUGCCUUUGACUUGAACCGUUUUCCUGGGGGGGGGGAGUUGGGAGUGCAACACCCAUUCUUCCAUGCUUGGAUUCCCAGCUUCUGUAGUUUGCUCUCCACCUUAUCCUCCCAUCAAGUUCAAGCUUAGGUUUGCCUUUGACUUGAACCGUUUUCCUGGGGGGGGGGGGAGUUGGUAGUGCACCACCCAUUCUUCCUAAAUGUCUAGCCCAGCGUAGUCUGCCCUUUUAUUUCUUCUACCGGUACUACUAAUAGGGUGGAAUCCUGAUAUAUACAUUAUUUGUAUUAUAAAGCUCUGUCAAUAUUAUUUUACUUUUAACACAUUUCCUUUUAAUUGCUAUUCAUUUUAUCAAGGUGGAUGGCACUUCCAAUAAAUUCUAAAUACCGGUAUACCAGUCGGUAUACCGGUACUUGUAGUUGUAGGCUAGUACUAUUACUUAAUAAAAAUUGGCAAUUUGUAUCUGUUUUAAAUGCACCAGAACAUCCUUACACUUACAGUUUUAGUUUAAAUCUUACUUGGAUUCAAAUGGUUCAUUAUUUCAUUAGGGGUGGCUCUGGCAAUUUCACUGUUCUGACAAAUGUUAUUUGUUGUCAAUCAUAUGUAGUUAAUUUUCCAUUACAUUUGAGGCACUGGGUUCUAGUUCUAGCCAGGUGUAGAAUAUUUGCAUAGAAAUAACCUGCCAUCAGAUCUGUUAGUUAUUUAAAUAUGUAGUUUUUCCACCUCACUUGCAUACUGUCACUGUUUUUAUUGGUAGUGUUGGCAUAUAGAAUGAUAACAUUGUUCCAAAUUAUUAUUAUUAGUGGUGGUUUUAUAUGGCGGGGUACUCCAGACUAGGAUGGGGCUCAAGGCGCUGUACAUAUGAUUUAACAAAUAUAAUCAUGAACUUAAAAAUUAACAUACCAGUACAUUAAUUAAAUUAAACUUUUUUUUACAUGUACUAUUUAUUACUUCCAUCUUUAGUUUAAUUAAGACAAGGCGAAUCAUUUUCAAGUUAUCUUAUUCAAGUUUGGAUUAUGCAAGAUUAGAAGCAUCAUUUCAUCAUUUUAAUUUGAUCAUUUAAUUAACAAUGAUGAACAUUCUAAUACUAAUAUAUAUAUAUAUAUCAAAGCAUGUUCAUAUAUAUGAUAUACUUUUAAGAGGAAACAUUUCUCUGGUGCUGGGCAAGAGAUUAAUCAGAAAGGUUAUGUUUUGAAAUGCAUGUUCAGGAAUGGGAGUAUUUGUAGUAAUGUAGAGGGCAUUAAAGCAUGAUCAUUUCCUGUUUUUAUUUUUAAAAUCUUUUGAAAAUAUAGGUACCAGUAAUAAGAUUAAGAUAUUUUAAAAGUAAAGCUUAGUUUAAGGUUAUAUAGUUUCAAUGUGUUGUUAUUCCAAAGUAGUAAUCCAGUACCUUACUAAACAAAGAGUUAAGCAGAAAAAGUAAUAGCAUGGAACAAUUUUAUGGAUAACCACAGAUGAAAUAAUCAUUGGUAAAGUGAAGAUGACAAAGCCUGUGUGGUUCUAUGGGUAUACACUAUUUCAAUAUAUAAUUUACUUUUUCCUGGGCUUGACAUUUGAUAGAACAAGUCAGCCAUUACCCUGUUGAGUUAAGAAUAGAUUUUAAAGAAUGCCAUACCAGUAUAACGUUUUCCUUGCAAUUUAUAUUUUCCGCCUAUGACCUGUGAUGCACCCUCCUUGCCCUACCUAAUUUUCUGUUUCGGUUUAAUCCUGAAGUGUCAAAGUGUCCUCUUUUUAUAGCCAUUUUCAUUGUUUCUAUAGAAUAGUAGUUACUAUCCUAGUGUCUCAUUUGUAUUUAAUUAGUUUACAUGUUUUAAUAAUUGUAAAGCGCUUAGAGCUUUAUGAUAAGCGCUAUAUAAAAAUGCCUAAAUAAAUAAAUAA